UGGCGGUUGGAGCGUUUUAGUUGCGGUCAGCUUAGUGUUGGAUCAAGUCGCAGUGCACCCAGUGACCAAUUGGUGGUUGUCGUUGUCGUUGUCGCCUCGGUUGCCCCGUCGUUGAGCGCGUUUUAUGUGGCUUAUUUACGAUCUCGUGGACGUCUCGCCGCGUUUCCAUCUUGGCCCGCGACUCCAGCCAGCGAUGCAGCCUGCACUCCCGGCAGCCGCCCGCUUAUGAGAUGGAUCCAAAAAAUAUAGCCAAAACGUGUGCCAUGAAGGAGAAAAGCAAAAAUGCGGCUCGCACGCGACGUGAAAAGGAAAACACAGAGUUCUGUGAAUUGGCCAAAUUACUGCCGCUGCCAGCGGCGAUUACUUCGCAAUUGGACAAGGCCUCCGUCAUCCGGCUGACCACAUCGUAUUUGAAAAUGCGCCAGGUCUUUCCCGACGGUCUUGGAGAAGCCUGGGGCUCAUCGCCCGCCAUGCAACGCGGCGCUACAAUCAAGGAGCUGGGCUCUCACCUGCUGCAAACACUGGAUGGCUUCAUCUUCGUGGUGGCUCCGGAUGGCAAAAUCAUGUACAUCUCGGAAACGGCCUCCGUGCAUUUGGGCCUUAGUCAGGUUGAGCUGACGGGCAACUCGAUAUUCGAGUACAUUCACAACUACGAUCAGGACGAGAUGAAUGCCAUUUUGUCGCUGCAUCCACACAUCAACCAGCAUCCAGCUGCCUUUCUCAACUCCCUACAGCUCGCCCAGACGCACACGCCCAUAGGCAGUCCCAAUGGCGUCCAGCACCCAUCCGCCUAUGGCCACGAUCGUGGCUCGCACACCAUUGAAAUCGAGAAGACCUUCUUCCUGCGCAUGAAGUGCGUGCUGGCCAAGAGGAAUGCUGGCCUCACCACUUCCGGUUUUAAGGUGAUACACUGCUCCGGUUAUCUAAAGGCUCGGAUAUAUCCCGAUUGUGGGGAUGGUCAGGGUAGCCUUAUCCAGAAUCUCGGCCUGGUGGCCGUCGGACACUCGCUGCCUUCCUCUGCCAUUACGGAAAUCAAGUUGCACCAGAAUAUGUUCAUGUUCCGGGCCAAGCUGGACAUGAAGCUAAUAUUUUUCGAUGCACGCGUAUCGCAGCUAACCGGAUAUGAACCGCAGGACCUCAUCGAGAAGACGCUGUAUCAGUACAUCCACGCCUCGGACAUAAUGGCCAUGCGCUGCUCCCAUCAAAUCCUGCUGUACAAAGGACAAGUUACCACCAAAUACUAUCGCUUCCUGACCAAGGGCGGCGGCUGGGUGUGGGUGCAGUCGUACGCCACCUUGGUGCACAACUCGCGGUCCUCCCGCGAAGUGUUCAUCGUGAGCGUCAACUAUGUGCUGAGCGAACGAGAGGUGAAAGACUUGGUCCUGAACGAGAUUCAGACCGGAGUGGUCAAGCGGGAGCCCAUUUCGCCGGCGGCCCAAGCGGCGGCAGCUGCGGCGGCACAGGCCCAGGCGGCCCAAGCGGCAGCGGCAGCGGCGGCGGCGGCACAGGCGGUUCCCCAGCAGCAACAGCAGCCACCGGUUGUGGUGGUUGUGGGGCAGCAGCAGCAGCAGCCACAGUGCGCGGUGGCCACUGGGGGACAGGCGGUGGGUCCGGGAACGCCUGUUAGCCUGGCCCUGAGUGCCAGUCCGAAACUGGAUCCCUACUUUGAGCCUGAAUUGCCGUUGCAGCCGCCCAAUGCCGUCACUCCCGUGCCAUCGGCGACGAACAAUAGCAGUAACAAUAAUAACAAUGGCGCCUGGCACCACCACCAGAUGCAGCAGCAGUCCGCCAGCAUGGAUCACGACAGCCUGAGCUACACCCAGCUCUAUCCGCCGCUCAACGACCUUGUGGUCAGCUCGACCAGCAGUGUGGGCGGUGGCACCGCCUCCAGUGCAGGCGGCGGCUCCAGCGCAUCGGCCUCCUCCUCGGGUGUUUACUCCACGGAAAUGCAAUAUCCGGACACCACCACGGGAAACCUGUACUACAACAAUAAUAACCACUAUUAUUAUGACUACGAUGCCACCGUGGAUGUGGCCACCUCGAUGAUACGCCCCUUCUCGGCCAACUCGAACAGCUGUUCCAGCAGCUCGGAGAGCGAUCGUCAGCUGUCCACCGGAAAUGCCUCCAUUGUGAAUGGCACCUCGCCGUCGCAGACGACAUACAGCGAUCUGAGCCACACGUUCGAGCUGAGCUACUUUUCGGACAAUAGUUCGCAGCAACAGCAGCAGCAGCAGCAACAUCUGAUGGAGCACCAGCAU